ACUUUGCAAAAACAUGGACAUCCAAACAGCCAUCUAAUACGACCAUGUCAUCCACAGCUCUGCGAUUGAUCAGCAUCUCAUGCGAAGAAGGCCUUGAUGGCGUUGACGGAUCAGCUAGAUUCUCCUUCCGCCCUUCUUGUUCAGCUCUUGCUUCAGUCAGUGGUCCCAUUGCAGCCCGCCUAGCUGCUGAGCACCCUGCUCGCGCAACCGUCGAAGUGCACGUCCGUCCGCUCUCAUCAGUGCCAGGAACUGCAGAAAAAUCUCGUGGAAUGGCCAUACGAGAGAUCGUGGAACGCUCGUGUCUUCUUGCGCAACAUCCUCGCACUCUCAUUCAGGUUGUCGUUCAAGCCUUAACGAAUCCGACUCCUGUUUGCGCGGUUUCUGUCGGUAGAGUGAAGAAGGGGAGCGUGGUUUCUGUGGAGGUUGACAUAGCGGAUGAUGCUGUGCUUGAGGGAGGUGGAUGUUUUGCUUUCCUGUUUGGAUUUGCCUUGUCAGGACCGAUAAAAGGAAGUGCUCCACCUUGUGAAGAUGUUUGGUCAACUUACAGCGCUCGCCUUGGGUCGUCUUUUGAUCAGGCUGAGCUUGUAAGGGCUAGAGAGGUGGCACGGGAAGCUGCAGCGGAGGUGUGGCAAUGCAUGAAAAAUAGCAUACGCCAUCAAAAAAUGAUAGGAGAGACACAGUCACCAGAAGAAGUCGUUGUCAAGAUGGAAAUAUAAGUGCCGUCGAACGAGGGGUUGUACAUAGAAAUUGUGUGUAUCCCCUGCUCUAUUCACUCCGUUGCCGUUCAAGAAGCCAGCUCUUCUAGACUUCAUAUCAAAUUGCUGGCGUUGACUUGAAAAGUUGCAUUCAUUGCGUCCUAACAGCUUUGCGCUGCACGCCUGCUCUUGUGAUUGUGACAUCUUUAGCCCGCGGCGUUUGUUUCACAGGAAUAAUAUUAACGCCGUUUGUGUAAAGACUGCGGGUGCCGUAU